GUGGAGGAAGCGUGAGAGUUUGUGUAACAUGUAGGAAAUAACAACACCGUGUCCUUUAAUGCUGUAACGCAGCUGCCUCCAUGGCGGGACGAUUGAAGAAGCAGCUCAAAGAGGCGGUGAAGGUCAUCAGCUCGGGCAGUCUUUUGUUUGCUUCCUACCUCACUGUUGUUGGAGAUGAGCGCUUCUAUGCCAACCAGCUGAUGCCUUUGCUGCAGAGGCUUGUGGGCCCAGAAACAGCACAUGUAUUGUCAGUGAAGAUGAUAGGACUGGGUCUGGUUCCUCUGAACCGCUACCAGGACCCGGCCUCACUGGAAGUGAAUGUGUUUGGACUGAAGUUCAAAAACCCUGUUGGGAUUGCGGCAGGAUUCGACAAGCAUGGCGAGGCUGUGGACGGCUUGUACAAACUGGGGUUUGGUUUCGUCGAAGUGGGCACGAUCACACCAAAACCUCAGGAGGGAAAUCCUAAACCCCGCGUGUUUCGACUCCCUGAAGAUCAGGCGGUUAUUAACAGGUACGGAUUCAACAGCUGUGGUGUGGCAGAGGUCCACACAAGGUUGAAGGCCAGAGGAGAAACGCAGCAAAAACGCAGUAACGCUGGCCUUCCCCUGGGCAUCAACCUGGGGAAGAACAAGCUUUCCCAGGAUGCAUCAGCAGAUUACUCGGAGGGGGUGAGAGCUCUGGGUCCGCUCGCUGACUACCUGGUGGUCAACGUCAGCAGCCCAAAUACGCCAGGCCUGCGAGAUCUGCAGGGGAAGGCUGAGCUCCGGCAGCUUUUACGCACGGUCUUAAAGGAGCGUGAUGCUCUGCAGGAAGUACGCAGGCCUCCAGUCCUGGUUAAGAUCGCUCCCGACCUCUCGGCCCAGGACAAACAGGACAUUGCUGAUGUUGUUACUGAGUUGGGAGUAGACGGUUUGAUGGUGUCUAACACCACUGUGUCCAGGCCAGAAACCCUUAAAGACCCACACAGGUCUGAGGCUGGUGGGCUGAGUGGCCAGCCCCUCAAAGACCUCUCCACUACGACUGUCAGAGAAAUGUAUAAUCUAACUAAAGGUAAAGUGCCGAUCAUUGGAAUUGGGGGCGUGGCCAGUGGGCAGGAUGCGAUGGAUAAGAUCCGGGCUGGCUCCUCACUGGUUCAGCUCUAUACUGCCUUGACCUAUCAGGGUCCACCCGUGGUGACGAAGAUAAAGCGAGAACUGGAGCAACUUCUUAAAGAUCAAGGUUUCAGCUGUGUAUCUGAGGCUGUUGGAGCAGAUCACAGGGAAUCAGAGAGAAAAUCUUAGCAAAUCCUUUCAAGACGCUGCAGAACAUGUAGCUGCCAUCUUCUCCAUCAAAUCAACACAAUCAAGUUUCUGUGAUAAAUUCAAAUUUAUUGCGAUUGUUCAUUAGUCCAUUCUGAUUAUCAAGGUGGCAAAUAAAUCAUCUGUUUUUAUAUUCCAUCUUAUAUUUUCAAUAGGUUACUGUAUCUUAAUCUUUGGAUAUUUUGAUUUGGUCACUGUACUGUAAAGCAGAUCUGUAACCUGAUUACAGCAGGUCAUGUUUUGUUACAAUGUAACAGAAGUUUGAGUUUUUAAAAUGCAUGAAAACUCCAAAAUGCUUAAAAACAUUUUUAAUGGUUUACAUAUAUUUGUUUGUGUAAAGAACAUAAUGUGCCAAAGCGACGUUUGGCUAAAACCUUAAAACUUGAUUGAAUUAUAAAAUACAGCUUAAACUUUAACCCAAA